UUCUCCUUCUUCUAACGGCGCGCUCGCUCGCGACAGUUGCUCGUUGCCCUGCUCCUCCUCGCCCGCCGCCGCCGCCGCCGCUGCGUGAGAGCGCGGGCCGGCCGGGGUUGGGGUUUUGCCUUCGGCUGGGGGAGCGGCGAGAUGGCUACGCUCGCUGAGGGAAAGCUGCGCAAACCAUGCAGGAUGAUUUACUGAUGGACAAAAGCAAAGCCCAGCCCCAGCAGCAGCGGCAGCAGCAGCAGCAAGAUCCAAACGCAGCAGAAGCCCCUUCUACGCCCAUCACGUCAGAGACACCCAAACAGGAGGACAGCAGCCCAGUGACUAGCAUCGGCUCAGCAGCUCCUGCCCAAAAUAGCAAGGAAAAGAUGCAGAUGGAGUCCCCCAUCUUGCCAGGCUUAAGUUUCCACCAGCCUCAGCAGGAACCUACAGCCGGCACCUCCUUGUCUCCCUCCUUCGGAAGCACCUGGUCUACUGGGACCACAAAUGCAGUGGAUGAUAGCUUUUUCCAAGGGAUUACCCCUGUCAAUGGGACAAUGCUUUUCCAGAAUUUCCCUCACCAUGUAAAUCCAGUUUUUGGUGGCACUUUCUCCCCCCAGAUUGGCCUAGCUCAGACUCAGCACCACCAACAGCAGCAGCAGCAAGCCCAGCAGCAGCAAAGGAGAUCGCCAGUCAGCCCCAAUCAGGCAUCUUUUGCCCAGAGAAAUGCUGCUUAUAGCCAUCAGCCCAUCAUGACCAGCAAACCUUCCUCCUCCUCAGCUUCCACCUCUUCUCCUUCCAGCUGGAAUAACCACCAAAAUGCCGCCUGGAGUACACCUUCCAAUCCUUGGGGCGGGCUGCAAGCUGGCAGGGACCCUCGAAGGGCAGUAGGUGUGGGUGUUGGCGUAGGAGUGGGAGUUGGAGUGCCAUCCCCACUUAAUCCCAUUUCACCUCUUAAGAAGCCCUUCUCUAGCAAUGUCAUUGCCCCACCAAAGUUUCCACGGGCUGCUCCCCUAACCCCAAAAUCCUGGAUGGAAGACAACGCCUUCAGGACUGACAAUGGUAACAAUCUGUUGCCUUUUCAGGACCGGAAUCGGCCCUAUGAUACUUUUAACUUGCACUCUUUGGAAAAUUCAUUAAUGGAUAUGAUAAGGACUGAUCAUGAGCCUCUUAAAGGUAAACACUACCCUCCCAGUGGCCCACCAAUGAGUUUCGCUGAUAUAAUGUGGAGGAAUCAUUUUACAGGUCGUAUGGGUAUAAAUUUUCAUCAUCCAGGAACAGAUAACAUUAUGGCUCUCAAUACCAGGAGCUAUGGGCGGAGACGAGGUCGUUCUUCACUCUUUCCUUUCGAAGAUGGCUUCUUAGAUGACAGUCAUGGUGACCAGUCUUUAUCAUCGGGUCUUAGCUCUCCAACCCGCUGUCAAAAUGGUGAAAGAGUGGAACGUUAUUCUAGGAAGGUGUUUGUUGGAGGUCUGCCUCCUGACAUUGAUGAAGAUGAAAUCACUGCCAGCUUUCGUAGGUUUGGACCUCUUGUAGUAGACUGGCCUCAUAAAGCUGAAAGCAAGUCAUAUUUUCCACCUAAAGGUUAUGCCUUUCUGCUAUUCCAGGAAGAAAGCUCUGUGCAAGCUCUAAUAGAUGCCUGUCUGGAAGAGGAUGGGAAACUUUAUCUAUGUGUAUCAAGUCCCACUAUCAAGGACAAACCAGUGCAAAUUCGACCUUGGAACUUAAGUGACAGUGACUUUGUAAUGGAUGGCUCUCAACCUUUAGAUCCCAGAAAAACUAUUUUUGUUGGAGGAGUCCCACGACCCCUCAGAGCUGUUGAACUAGCAAUGAUUAUGGAUCGUUUGUAUGGAGGAGUCUGCUAUGCUGGCAUUGAUACGGACCCAGAGCUGAAAUACCCAAAAGGUGCUGGUAGAGUGGCUUUCUCCAAUCAGCAGAGCUAUAUUGCUGCUAUAAGUGCUCGCUUUGUCCAGCUCCAACACAAUGACAUUGAUAAACGGGUGGAAGUGAAGCCAUAUGUGCUUGAUGAUCAGAUGUGUGAUGAAUGCCAGGGCACUCGCUGUGGCGGAAAAUUUGCUCCAUUUUUCUGUGCCAAUGUUACCUGCUUGCAGUAUUACUGCGAAUACUGUUGGGCCAGCAUUCACUCUCGUGCUGGGCGAGAGUUCCACAAACCACUCGUGAAGGAAGGGGGGGAUCGGCCACGCCACGUUCCGUUCCGUUGGAGCUGAAGUCUGGGCCUAAAUCCAGCAGCAAAGAAGUACUGGAACUGAAGAAACUGAAGGGAGAAGAGAGUGCUGCCUCAGGGCUUUAGUGUUCUGGAAAUCUGUGCAUUCAUCCUUUACUUUAAUGAAGAGAUGGGUCUUUUUAUUACGAUUACUAUUAUUAUGAUGAUGAUUAUGAUUAUUUACAGUCACAUUACUGAACUCUGUGUCCAGUAUAAUACAAGCCUAGCAGAGUGUAACUAUACUGAUUUUGCACUUUGAUUCACACAAACAUCUGCUUGGUACCUUAAUUUCUUACACGAGACUUGUCAUGUCUGACAAUAAGUAGACUGCCAUUCUCAUCAGCCUUUACUGAGUUGGUGUGUAUGUGAGAAAGACUUUUAAAAUUAUAAUUUUAUUUUAAAACUGGAGCAUGCACUUAUUUUCAGAAACUUAUAGACUUGCCCCUAGCAGAUGACUUACCAAAGGUAACACUCACAAGUAGGUAGGUGGCAGAUGUAGCAAAAACUUAAAAUGGAUAUUCAGCAAUCAUUAGUUUGGGUCAUUUAGAAUAGGAAUAACCCUGAAAAGCCUUUAGUUGCUCUCCAUUUUUACUGGUAAGGUUGAUACCUCAUAAGCUGGAUCACAUUUUCUCCACCCCACCCCCCUUUUCGUUUUGCUGAGGGUUUCCUAUUUGGUUAGGUCUUUUAGUGUUAUGUAAAUGUAUGCUGCAAUAGCUUUUGCUGCUAUUAAGAUGGUAUUACUAAUACCACAAUACUCUAUUCAAGCUAGGGUAUCUAUCAGUUUAAAAGAUGAUUAUAUGAUUUAAAACCGUGAUGGCUGCUGAAAGGAGAUCUGUAUAGCUUCCAAGGAAGGUCAAUAGUUUUGACUGCAUGUUUACUUAAAUCAGGUUGCUGCAUGCAAUAAAUUUUUUUUAUAUAUGUCUCAUAUGAAAAUCUGCCCACAAUGCACCAAUUAAGGAUUUAUAUAGACUACAAAGUACUUGUUAUUAAAAACAAAACAAAACCCACACACAGACUUAGCACACCAGACACAAAUUACUGACUGGAGGAAGGCAUGCCUCAGUAAAUGUAAAUGCUUCUGAAAUUAGGAUCAGCCCUUUGCAGUAUGACCUAUAUUACAACAAAUAUUUUUUAAAAAAACUAGAUGUAGAAUAUCCUUAAAACAAAUUUCUGAAUGAUAGACGAAGUACUUUGCGGUGCUCUGUUAUAUAUUGUGCAAUUUAUUUUAUAUAGUAAAAGUGAUUAUGUCUAGUACUGUGAUCAAACUUAACUGUUUAAGCCUCUAUAUCUAACGUUCAAUCACUUCUGAAAGAUACGGAUACAUAUGCACACUCACAAAAUGAAUUAUGAGCUCUUUAAUUCCAAUCUCAUAAAUGCUUGCACCAUUUAUGUAGCUGCAGCCCUUGUCCAGAAAACCAAAGAGCUCAUGGCAGCGUAUGUACACUACUAACUUCACUAAUAGGCUGAUAACCUAGGCACAUUUUAUGAAAGGUGGGGGGAAGUGGUGCUAAAGAAAUGUCUGCAUACAAAAGUUAACUUGCAAGAUGUCUACUCUCUGGGUGUGACAUUUACUUUCUUGAACCCUGGAUGUAUCCUGUGAAGCUUGAAUAUAUUUGAGAUCUACUUUAUAACAGUGGACAUUUUUUUAGCAUGUAUUCUGGGCGUGCAAGACAAACACAUAAGCACACAUUAGUGUGCGAACUAUAAGAAAGUGAGGACGUGUACACUAUUCUUCUGCAUUUUUUGUGAGUUCCCUUCUCCACCCCACCCCCUGGGAGUUCUGGGGACAAUCUGACUGGAUCUGGCACCGCAUAGUAGAUUUAAAUGUUACGGAUUUUGUGUGUUGUGAUGGCCUUGUUAAUGUCUAACUUUGUACGUUUUUCUUUCAAUGUUUAGUUGCAAUUACUGGCUCUGAAAGAAACUUUGUGUUUAGAAAAAUAGUUUUUACUGGUUUAAAAACAAAACAAAACCAUUCGUAGUAUCCCUUCACAUUUUCUUCUGGGCAUUUUUGUGAUAUUGCUUUAUCCAGCCCAGCUGUCUUUUUUCUUCUGUUUGGGGUUUUCUUUUUUUUUCAUCUAUACAAGAUUUGUUAUGCACUACUUUUUGUAUCUAGACAGUUUUCAAUAGUUGGCAGAUUAUUCUUUUUUAAAAGAAAAAGGCAUGCUUUCUGACUGACAUGAUCUUUUGCAAUACCUCAAUUUUGAAAUAUAGGAAAGAAAAUAUUUUCUAAGUAAGUUUAUUCAGAAAAAAAUAUAUAUUAAUUUAAUUCUGCGAGGAAAUGAUUUAACAGAUGGGUAACUUUAUUUUUUUCAUGCUUAUUUGCGUUUUUGAAAAUGAAGAAGUUAGAGCUUUAUAACUGUAAUAUUGAAGAUCAUAGCUAAUCUACAGAAGUCUACCUAAUUAUGUGAAACAAUAAUACACAGUUUUGAAGAAAUAUCCCUCUCCCAUUGUACAAACACCCCGGAAAGAAAGGAGGGAAAGAGCGAGAAAAAGAGAUGCUGGAAGUUAUAUAAGUAAUAACAUGAAAACAAAAACACAGCAACGAAAGGUGUAAAAAAACCUGCAUUUGGUGCUGGAAGUUGUGAAUAGAAGGUGAAAAAAUAUUUUUCCCUUAAUUUGUAUAUUUAUAAUCAAGCAAUUAUGCACGACUGACCAGAAUUGUGAGAGUUCUUCUGUUUGUAUUUUUUUAAAGAUACUUUUUUAGUUUAUUAAAUUAUAACAUGGUCCCUUUUUGUUUUGUAAAUGAAUGUGCCCCCUAAGUUGUUAAUAUGUUAUAUUAUUAUGAGAGGGUCCUUCAAGAAAAGAAGUUAUUUUUUAAAAUAAGGUGUUCUGAACUGCAACUUGACUAAGAAGUCCCUGGGUACAACAGGUCCUCUUGUGGCCUUCUCUUGAUGUGAGACUUGAACUAGUCGAUUUUUUUUGAAGGCAACUUAACCUCGACUAUUUGUUGUUAUGUGCAAUACUGUUUGUACUGUUUGUAUAAAAAAAAGAAAAAAGAAAAGAAAAAAGGCAUAAAUCUUUAUUGCAGAUUUAUUUUCAUUGCAAACUUUAGACAUUGUGAUUCACUAAGAUCAUUUUUCUACUGUCAAAUAUGUACCUUUUCUUCAUGCUGGUAUUUUUUCAAUAGUAAUGUAGCCUUUGUACUGAGACAAAUUUUCAUUGUUAUUUUUAGAAAGAUUUUUUGCUAAGAGAAAUUUAAACAUUGACAUAUUUUUCAUUUUUAUUUCAGAUUUUCUUUAAGGAGUGCUUUCUCAACCAUUAAUAUAGUUGUUUCUGGGAGAGACUUUCAUAUCUGGUCAAUGUCAUUAAUAUUAUUUUGUAUUUUUACUUGGAAUAAAUUAAUUUUAUGAUGCUAAUUCUUUAAAAGUUUAUUUUUUUCAUUUUCAGUUAUUUUUGAAGCUAAGAAAAAACCUUUGUAAUAUUGUUACUAAAAGUGUCUAGUUUUUUGAAAUGCAAAGCUUUAUGUAUUAACUCGCUGUUGUGGUUUACAAUGGUGUGAAAAUGGUUGGAUAUGUAAAAUGAUUGAAAAACUGUAAUGAAUAAUUGGGCAAUAAAAUUACAGAAUGAAGCAGGAAAAUGAUGUGAUAUUUUUGAGAAGCCUUUUUUUCCUUUGUCAGAAUGAUUUAGGAAGAUAUUAGGGAUGUCACAGUACCAGUUCGCUGUCUAGAUUUAUACAACCAAUGCUGAUAAAACACUAUUGCUGUUGUAAUUAACUCCAGUCUACAAAAAUAACAGGCUUACAGCCAUGGCUGUUUAGUGUAAUGCAAAUUUACCCCCCCCCCCAUUAGCAUAGGCCCAGUCAGCAUUCCUGCAAGUGCCGAAAAAACAAAUGGAGACUACACAGCAUUAAUGCUCGGUCAAUUCCCUGCCCGCCCCCCCGCCCCCUCCAAUACUCUUUAUGGUCUCUUUUGGACUGUUAUUUUAAAUCUCUCCCAACAUGCUUCAGUGUGAUCUGCCCUUAUCUUAUUUAUUCCACUCGCCCCUCAUGCUGCAUUAUUCAUGCACUUCUUUAAGUGGCAACCCAGAACAAAUGGAGGAAGUUGUAUAGUAUCUGCAUAAUGUUACAGUGCAAUUACCAUACAGUGUAAUUUAUGACAUAGUUAGUGCUAAGUAAUGCAUGUCUAGCAACCGUUAUUACUAUAUAUCUGAGCACUUUUUUGAGCUUCUUGUAUAUUUAUCCCUUUGUGUUGGCCCUUAAAAAAAAAUAUCACAAGUGCAACGUCUGUUGCUGCUAUCAAAACACUGCUUCACUUUAUGUAGUUCAUCACCACCACCCUUUGCCUAUCUAAUCCUUACCUUUUUGCUGUUAUCCUGGCAGAUUUUUUUGUGCCGAUGCUAGAGGUACUAUUAUCCACCCCUUCUGAUCCUGCAAACCAAACUGGUGUUAUAUAAACAGAACAUCCAAUGGCCAUCCCUAGAUAGAUCAGUUGCCAGAUUUGAUCUAUUCUCAUGCUGGCUUCUACCUAAGGGGGGUAAUUUAUUGAUCUCUUGUAGAAAUGUCUAGAGUUGGCCCAUUGUGUCCUUUUUGUAAGAAAUGUAUAGGGGAAAAAAUAAAAUAGUAAAAUUUAGACUCUAUAAUUAGGUACAGUACUACUACUGGUUGGGAUGUACACAAAUUGUGCAAGUAAAAUAGAAGUGGAGGAGAAAUUUCUAAAUUUCCUGCAAAGUGGUACAAAGUGUGUUCUUAGAUUCUGCCUACACACUUGCCUUUUAGGAAGGCAGGGGCUAAAAGACAAUUGUAUUACAAAAAUGCAGUUAGCAAAUAAACUUUGCUGAUUUCAUGAUCUUUGUUAGAGUAGUACAAAAAGUAUAGUGCUUUACUGGGGGAAAUCCCCCAUGUUAAUAUUUCAGUAUUGUGACAUCUCUAUUUGCAAGAUAUGAGUGAAAGAUUAGUCACAGAUUUGUAAAACAAAUAAUAAAAAAGUCUUUUGUUAAACCUGGCUUGUAUGUAGUUGCUUUUUACACCAGUUUGUAUAAUGUCAGCUUAACCUUUUUUUUAACCAGAAAACUUUUCUUCUCAAUCUCUGCUGUUGUAGUGUUUCUGUCUUACCACAGAGUAUUUUAUAUUCAUGCUGAUGGUUUGCUCUAUACCCCGAAAGGGUAGCAGAUCAGGAGCUUGUUAUGUCAUUCUGCACAUUUUAAAUUUACCUAAUAAUAACCUUUAGCAACAAAUAGAAAUCCAGGGUGCUAAUACGGGAUAAUCAUUUCUGCUAUUUAUUUUUUUCUGGAUGUAGCUCUGUUUGGGUAUAAAGUAUUAGGUAUUUGUAAUUUUGCUG